AUGAUAGAAUUUAAGUAUCUGGCCACACGAAGUGGCAAGUCAUUGGUGCUAACAGUAGACAAUAAAAGAUAUCUAUUCAAUCUUUUCGAAGGAUUUCAGAGAUACUGUAUAGAGUCCAAUGUCAGUAUCAGCAGGAUCUCGACGAUCUUUGUUUCGUCAGAGGAAUCCGUUCCUCCUCUCAUGGGAAUGUACUUGACGCUGAGAGAUGUGAAGAAGGAAGCUCUGGAUAUCGUAUGCAGCUCAGACGUACAGGAGAUGAUAGCUUCAGGAAAAAGGUUUGCAGAUCCAAUGAAUUUGAGAAUCAGUUACAUGAGAGACUAUGUGGACAAUUCCAUCAGGGUAGAGACGAUUGAGAAUGCCCUUGCAACUAGAGAAAGAAAAGAGCUUUCUUUUGUUUUGGAUAUCAAGCCAAUCCGAGGAAGAUUUCUUGUGGAAAAAGUUCCCAAAGACAUCCCAAAGCAUCUGUACUCAAAACUCACAAGAAGAGAAAGUGUAGAGUACAAUGGGAAGGUAUAUGAUGGAGCAGAAUAUAUGGAAGAUGAUAUAGAUGUUGGGACUAUUGCUAUUGUGUAUUCUUCUGGAAAUUUUGAAAGGCUUCUGGAAAGAAUGGUGGAAAGGGCACCGAGGUACUUCUUUUGUUUUCAGAAAGACGCCGCACAGUAUCUCUCCUCUGCCGUUAACGGCUACUUCUUUUAUUUGGAAGACAACUGCUUUGUCGAAUAUACAUCCCUAUAUGAUAUCCAGCUAGAGCUGAGCUCAAUACACAAGGAUUUCCUACUGCCACUCCCCGGUGGAAGUCCUGCCAGUUCUCUCGAGUCCAUAGAAAGUAUUCAUAGCUGUGGAGUCCUUACAUAUACCAAAGCUGCAAAGUGCUUCUCCCACUCCCAUCAAGGCCAGAGAAAGCACAUCCCAUGCGCCAGAGAGCACAAGGAAAAAAGCAUAUUGUUCCUUGGAACAGGAUGUGCCAUCCCAUCGAAAUACAGGAAUGUGUCGGCAAUACUCUAUGAGUCGUCGGACGCAGCCAUUAUGUUUGAUUGCGGAGAAGAUACCUUGUUCCAAAUACAUAGAGCCUAUGGAGAGCUUGAUGUUCUGAAAAAGCUCAAGGCGAUUUUUGUAUCACAUUCCCAUGCAGACCACGUGCUAGGAAUUGCGUCCGUGCUGAAAAAGAUAGGCCAUAAAAUAAAGAUCUUUGCUCCUGCCGCCAUAAGGCCGUUUAUUGAGAGCUUUGGUACUCGAAACUAUGAGUACAUAGAAACAAAUUAUGCAAAGGUGAUGGAAAGGAGGUUUGGGGAUACAUUCCAGAUAUCUAAGAAGGCUCCCUUGCGCACAAUUGAUGUGGAGAACUAUCUUCUCAAGUUUGACAUUGGAUUUGAGAUAGGUAUUUGUGGGGUAGACCACUGCUCCGACUCCUGUGGAAUUAGAAUGAAGGAUGGAGACAUAGUUAUAACAUACUCUGGAGAUGCAAAGCCUUCCGUACUUUUUGGGAUGAUGUCUCUCAACUCAGAUGUUAUGAUACAUGAGGCCACAUUUGCCCUUGACCAGCAAGAGAGGGCUAUGCAAACAGGGCACUCAACGAUAGAUGGUGCACUCGAGGUCUUCAGGGUGUCUAGAUCCAAGAUUCUACUUCUUACACACUUCAGUCAAAGAUAUUCAAAAGGAAUCAUAUCCGAUGGGGAGUGGAUUCCGUGUACAGACUUAUUUAGAUAUACAAUUGGAUCGACCGUGUAUCCUAAAGACAGAGUCAAUGCCUACUAUGAUGGGCUUAGAUCAGAUGAGGAUAAGUGA